GCUCGGGCCAGCGCUAGCACGGGCCAGCGUUCUACGGCGUAAACAUAGUAAGUAGUGUAAGCAGGUGUAAGCUAGUUGUAAACACAAUGUUGGUUGGCUCAAUGACUUCACGUUGACUCCAUGACGUUCGUUUCAUGAAUGUGCAGGACUACUCGAUUUAAAGUUAAAUGGUAUGGCGAAACUAUAUGAGAGGUUCCUGAAGAUACUGCAAAAUUGGCCAUUGCAUCUUGAUUAUCCCCUGCCUUUAAGGAGUCUUGCUCAACACAUACGAGAAGAAGGCAAAGUUGCCUUUUCAGCUCGUGGAGACUUAGUUGGAAAAUCUCAGAAUUGUGAAAGACAUUUAAAAUCUCUUGAAAGAAUUUCAAGAGGGCACUGGUUCAAGAAAUACCCAUCUAACCGUCUGACUGGUUCCUUGGGCUUGACAGCCGAACAAUGUAGAUUUGGUUUAUCAGAAGAAUAUCAACAAGCUUUAAAUUCGUCUAGAAUUUAUUCGUCAUUUCGUACAGUAAUAGGCUCAGUCAGGAAGAAAUAG